AAACAACUCCACAGAUCAAACUGCAUCUUUUCCUUGUCUUGAAUGCUUUUUUAUUUCAACAGGGAGAAAACCAGCCAAAAUUCAUGCUUUCCUUCUUUUAUCUUUAAGGCCAUGGUCCUACAUUCGUAAAUUUUUGAUAGGAUAGAAGCAGAUUAAAAGAAGGAGGAAUAACUAAGUGGUGAAAUAUGAAGAAAUCUGAAGAAAUUAAAAAUCAGUGAUUUUUCUUGGUUUUAUUUUUCUGAAGGGGAUUUAAGGUACCCUGUGAAGUGCUGGACGAGAGCAAAGGGUGCUGCCCUGACGGACUCUUGGGUUUGGGGCUUGGCACAGAAGAAGCUGCCAGGCUGAGGCUCCAGGUGCUGCUCUUUGGCAGCUGCUGCUGAGAGACCUGCACAGAGAGGGGCAAGGACUUCCUGAGGGGAAGCCAGCCCUGCCACCAAGAGGUGACAGCGAGGGGAAAGGGGCAGCUGGCACAAAACCCCUCUGUCACCGAGUCUGCCACCAUGGCCCGGCCAUGGCUCCAUCUCUGCAUCUGCCUCCAGAUCCCAGGUUUUUAUACAACUCUGCUAUUAGCCCAAACUCCAGGGCAUAUUCUAACCCAAACCAGCAAUAAAACUGAAAUCCUCUGUGACCUGAAGAAGGAGCACACCGGGGUGUACUGGUACCGCUGGAGCCAGGAGAGGCAACAAUUCCAGUUCUUGUUGUUCUCCAACACAAUGGGCAGAGCCACCUAUGGCCCAGAGGUGAGGCAGGACAAGUUCAGUGCCCAUGAGGCGAGGUCCCAGAGCUCCUACAGCCUGCACAUCAGCCACCUGCAGCCCUCAGACAGCGGCAUCUACUACUGCUCCACGUCCCAGGCCUCCCAGCUGCUCGUGGGCACUGGCACACAGCUCACAGUGGUUGAUGUUUUGCCUCCAAAGACCACGCAGACACCAGUGUCCAAAAAGCCUCUGCCACGCACAACCAAAAGGAAACCUGCCAGCAGGGAAGGUCCCUGCAGUCCCCUGGUCUGGAUCCCUCUGGCUGCUGCUGUCCUGCUGCUGCUGCUGAGCCUGGUGCCCACCGCCUACCGCCUGCACCGUCUGCGGCGGAGGCUGCGGCUUCGCAUCCACAGGCAGUAAUUCCCAGUAAAUCCCAGUAAUUCCCAGUAAUUCCCAGCAAAUCCCACUGCCUUCCCUGCCCCAGACAGGCAGGGAGAAGCCACGGACCCUCCCCUGCAGGAGCCUGGACAUGACCAGGAAGGACCUGGCAGGGGACAGAUGUGGGCUUGUACCACAAAACAAACAUUUCUUUCCUGCAUGACUUCAACAUUCUCCUGGACACAACCCUGGCAAAAGGACCAGGCUGGAUUCUGCAGCAUCCUGAGCACUUCCCAAAGGUCACUGAGCAGGGCAAAAGCCACAUCUGGCUCUGCACAGGGGGAAAGGGGCUGGCACCAAAGUGUCGCCACAUUUCUCUUCACAGAGAAAAGCAAGGCACAAUUCUUCCCAAGAGUAUUUCUGGGUUUCACGUUCUCUGAACAUCAGAGAAAGAAAACACAAUUCUUAUCUUAUUUGCUGUGCCUGUGUUUGUGCAAAAGUAGAAAGCAAAAAGGAGAUCGUUUACCCAAAGUGAUGGAGUUUUGUUUCCUUGGCCUAGCAGGGCCAAGUGUGUGUGUUUGUGUCAAGACUGUGGGCUGACAGUCAUGAGAUUCUGGGCAGUUGAGUGCUUGGCAGAUUCAGUUUAGAUGUAAUGUAAUAUAGUGUAAUAUAAUAUAGAAUAAGAUAGUAUAAUAAAGUAAUUAAUGAGCCUUCUGA